AUGGCGGAGGCCCCCAUUGUUCUCGAUGGAGGUACUGGCUUCCUGAAAGUCGGAUAUGCGGGACAGAACUUCCCCGAACACCAAUUCCCUUCGAUAGUGGGGCGGCCGAUUCUCAGAUCAGAGGAACAGGCUGGAGAUAUUAUUGUAAAGGAUAUUAUGUGUGGUGAUGAGGCUGCUGCCGCCCGAUCAAUGCUGCAAAUUAGCUAUCCUAUGGAGAAUGGAAUUGUAAAGAAGUGGGAUGACAUGCAACAUCUAUGGAAUUAUACGUUUUACGAUAAAAUGAAAAUUGAUCCCACCGGCCGGAAGAUCCUCCUGACCGAGCCACCGAUGAAUCCCCUUAAAAACAGAGAACAGAUGUGCGAAGUGAUGUUUGAGGGUUACAACUUUGGAGGAGUAUAUGUUGCUAUACAGGCGGUUUUGGCCCUUUAUGCACAAGGUCUCAGCAGCGGUGUGGUCGUUGAUUCAGGCGACGGCGUCACACACAUCGUGCCGGUCUACGAAUCCACUGUGCUAAAUCACCUAACACGCCGUCUAGAUGUUGCUGGUCGCGAUGUUACCCGCAACCUCAUUGCUCUCCUUCUCCGCCGCGGCUACGCACUUAACCGUACUGCUGACUUUGAGACAGUGCGCCAAAUCAAAGAGAAGCUCUGUUAUGUAUCCUACGACCUGGAGCUUGAUCAACGUCUUUCAGAAGACACAACCGUGCUGGUAGAAUCAUAUACUCUUCCAGAUGGCAGAGUGAUCAGAGUUGGUAGUGAGCGAUUUGAAGCGCCCGAGUGCCUCUUCCAACCGCAUCUUGUUGAUGUCGAACAACCUGGCAUAGCAGAAUUUUUAUUCAACACGAUACAAGCCGCAGAUGUUGAUGUGAGAAGUAGUUUGUACAAGGCUAUUGUUCUUAGUGGGGGUAGCAGCAUGUAUCCCGGCCUGCCGUCGAGACUUGAAAAAGAGCUGAAACAACUCUGGUUGACAAGGGUGCUGCAAGGGAAUCCAGAAAGACUAAACAAAUUCAAAGUCCGCAUCGAAGAUCCACCUCGAAGAAGACACAUGGUCUUCCUUGGGGGUGCAGUCCUUGCGAACCUUCUCUCAGACAAAGACAACAUGUGGAUUUCCAAAGGAGAAUGGCAAGAACAAGGUCCCCGUGCCCUCGAAAAACUCGGCCCAAGAUAGCUUUUAUCUAUUCAAUAUUAUUUAGCCCUUUUUUUAAAAAAAAAGAAAAGGAAGUCUUGAACUCAUGGCUACAAAUGGGAUCUACUAGGUACGGUACAUAUGAGCAAUGACCCUCGGUCUCACUGGGGAAAAAAGAAAAUAUAUUAGUUCUGGCAUUACGCUUUCACGACACCCUGCGCAAUCUAGAAUUAGCUCGUUCCUAAAUAUCACUUUCCGCUCCACAGCGUCUUCCUUAUGAUUCAUUGCUACUUUUCAACCCUUGCACAUUCGUGCAGGGGCGCCAUUCUUCGAUGUCCAGAUUAGAGCGCCUGUUUUAUUUUAUUUUAUUAUCGUUCUCUCCCCCCCCUCCCCCGUUACCUUAACUUUUGUUGUAUUUUGUUCGUUUUCCCAUUUCGUUUCGUUUCGUUAGUUUUGAAGGCCUUUUUUAACUACAUUUUUUCUUCUUUUCUUUCCUUUCUGUAGCGUACAAUAUAAAUAUACAGGGGAUAUAUAUAUUAUCCGAUAUC